AUGUUGCUGACGCUAUCAGCGUCGUCCAUUCCGUCGGAUCCUCUAGCUUUGCGCUCCACGCCGCGACGCCCCUACUCGCUGCCGUUUCGCGCCCUUUCGCGCGCCGCAGCCCCCGGCAAAGAGGGGGCUUCCGCGCCGUUCGUCCCCCGCGCAUGCGCCAUGACCGCCGCUGCGCCCAUCGCAGACGAUCUAUGCACGCUGGACGGUGGCGCUCACCUUCCCCUCCAGGACUCCGCUGGGAAGAGCUCCGCGGGCUUGGCGGAGCGCAGAGAUGAUGGCGCGCAACGAUCACAUGCGGAAUGCUCGCACGCGGAGAAGCGGAAGCUGAGCGUCAGCGCAGAUGCCGAAUGCCGCAUUGGCGGCGAUGCGGCUGCGGCGCCGUCCGAGGGAACGGAGAGCAAAGCCGACUCGAAGAGAUCCGCGGAACCCGCCGCGAAGAGACCCCGCGGUGGGAGCGCCGAUCACGACGAGAAACCGCCACUAGCGCAGCUUGCGGAGACGAAGAACCACGGCGGCGGCAUCUCGCCGCGCCAUGCUCCCGCCUCACUGCCCGCCGCCGCGCCUCUCCCUGCGCCAGCGGCUGCUGCUGCGCACCAAUCCUCUGAGCUUGCGCCCCGCCUCCCCUGGGCGACCGCGCCGCCCGUUGACUUGACGGUCAACGCGAUCGCCGGUAGCCCCGCUGCUGACGCGGCUACCAAGUCUGGGGACAGCGGAGGCGCUGGGUUGGAGGAAGGGGACGAGGCGGAGGAGGAAGACGGCGAGGGGGAGGGCGAGGAGGCGGUUGGCGGGGUGACCGCCGCGGAUGGCGGCGCGUGCGGCAAGAAGAAGCGGUACCGUUACAAGCGGUUGUCUAAAGCGGGUUACAUUCCGGACGACGGGCAGCACUGGCACAAGUACGGGCAGAAGAAUCUCGUGGACGCUGGAUACUGCAGGGCGUAUUACCGGUGCGCGCGGCGGAGCGCGGGGUGCGCGGCGAAGAAGACGAUCGACUUCCCCAUCCGGUGUGCAAUCCAACAUGCUCGUAGCAUGCACGGGACGGAUCUUUAG